AUGGAUUUAACCUACCACAGUUCAUCUCAUCACGGGAAAAAACCAGGCCUCAGACACAGUCGCAGAGCAGCUGCCGGCAGAGCUGUCCAGGAAGAGGGCCCCCCCACUGGGGCCCACUCUGCUUUCCCCUUGCAGAUCACACCAAGGGCCUCGGGAGGUCAUCACACCACGCAGAACCUCGGCUUGCUCCUUUGUAAACUGAGUCAGAUGGUGGUAUCUGGAGGCAAGAGGCGAGCUUCCACCUGUCUUCUGGUUCCUAAUUGGGUCAUCUCUGCACCAGAUCUGCUCUCAUCUAACCACUUCUGGAAGGACUUGAGAAGACUGAGGCCUGACCAGAUCAAGUAG